AUACUUUCGUCACGUGUGAUCAGCUAUUAAAUUUUUCUUUAAAAGUGUGCACCCAGAUUCCUAAUUAUAGGGCUAGUUUGUUGGAGAGCAUUCCAGCUCAUUAUGUGGUCAUUUGUUUAUUUCCCAACAGGGAAAUAACUUGAAGCGUAUCUGCCAACUUGUCACGGUUGUGCAUUAACGCAGACUUGUUUCAGAGGGAGAGGGAGAGGCUGUGGUGCUGGACUGAACGCAGCUUUCUAGUGACGGAGCUGUAAUUUGAGAGUAGCACAGAGGUAAUAUUAGUCAAAACGCGGCGCAUCCAGAUGCUGCGUUUGAGGCACCAAGCAGAGUCGGGAGUUAGCGGCGCUGAGGCAAACUGCGCUUCUUUUCCACCCGCCAACUGUGAUGCGCGCGGGCACGCUGGAUUAAAGGAGCAAGAGAGAAGCUAUUAAAGCAAUUUUACGCCAUUUCUUGUUUUUUUCAGGGAGACGAAACCCUGAGGCGGACUUUUAAGCUUCAAACCUGAGACGCAGUUUGGACACCGAGACCUAUUUGCGCUGAGAUGAACUAGUUCAACUUUCUCAAAACAUUUUAAAACUUAUUUAUUCACCUUUAUUUAUUUUGUUUGUUUUCGUGCACGUGGGACAAGCGGGGAACUAUGUUUUAUAUUUAUUUGCUCUUAUUAAGUGAGGGGAUGCUGUCAUUGCCCGUGUCUGGAGCCUUUUUCCGGGGACCGCUACAUCCGGAGAUGUCCAAUGGCACUUUUCAUCAUUACUUUGUGCCGGACGGUGACUACGAGGACAACGACGACCCGGAGAAAUGCCAGAUGCUUUUUAAAAUGACCGACGAGCGGAAGUGCAGCCUUGACGAGGAUGACUACUCCGUCAUACGGGAUGAUUUCACUCUCGUCAAGAGGCAGAUUGAGGACUCGGCUCGGGUGCUGGGGGGCAUCGGCAAAAGCAUCUCCUAUGACCUGGACGGGGAGGACAGCUACGGGAAGUACCUGCGGAGGGAGACGACCCAGAUCAGUGAGGCGUUCACGAGCUCGGAGAAAUCCCUGCUGGAGCUGGAGGUGAAGUUCAAACAGAGCCAGGAGAGCGAGCUGAAGGAGGAGCACCGACUCAGUGACGACUUUGUCAACAUGGUCACGCACACACGGGACGUCCUGAAGGAGACGGUGGACAUCUCUCUGGGUCUGAAGGACAAGCACGAGCUGCUGUCUCUAAUCAUCCGCAGCCACGGCACGAGACUGAGCCGACUGAAGCACGAGUACAUGAAGCUCUAAAAGAAAAUAGUCCCUAAACGUCUCAUGGUAGCACUAUUAAAAGUUAUUGAAUUUCAUGGAGGGAUCAUGUGACCCAGAGGUAAAUGUUCUCUAGGAUUAUAAAAUUUAAACAUUAAAGGUCAGUUCACUUAAAUAUAUUUGUAUUUGUCAGUAAAGAUUUUGGUGUAUUUCCCUUCAUUUGGAACAUUACAUUUAUGUUAGGAUAAUAAACUGGGUGCAGUUUUGUUACUUGAUCUCAGGGUUCUGUUUUCCUAAAGCAGCCGCAUGUCUGUUAUUUCCUAAUAAUAUAUUUUUGUUCAUGUUCCUGCAUUAAUUUGUGUUUUAUAGAGAAAAAACACAUUUAAUACAAUGAAACAACCACAUUGAGGCUUAUUUACAGGCAUCACUAUUAAAUAACAUGCAUAAGAUCCUGGGCAUAGAGAUAGCUAACUGUCUAAAAUCAAAUGUUACACUUUAUUUUUGUGGUAUUGUAUUAGACUUCUAGUCUUUAAAUGACAGUAUCCACACAAAAGUUUGUGUUAGGAACACGAUUUACUUAAAAAACAGUUAUUAUAUGUAACAAAUUACCAACAUCAAUGUUGAAAGAUUCUAAAUUCAUCCAUUAAAAAAGGAGCAAAAUGUCUAUUUAAGGUAUUUUUUCUGUAAAAAGAAAAACAAUGUCUAGUUCUACAUUUUAUUAAAACACAAAGUUGUAAUAAUUUUUGUUAUAAAAUUGGGGCAAUUUUUUUUUGUGAUUGAACUAUAAGCUGUCUUACACUAAUCAAACGAUUAAAAACGAGAGUUUUGACUUAACAAAACAAAAAAUACUUUAGUGAGAACUGAGUAAAAAAAUACUGAAAUAAUUUUUUGUCUCCAUAUUCUCUUCUGAAUACAGUUUUUAUGAUUUGGACUAAACAAAUUCACAAUUUGUUUUCCUCUUUAACGUAAAAUAAAUAAAACUAUAAUUAUUCUUCUUUGACCCACAAGAUGAAUGUUCUCAGAAAACCGAACAAUGUUUACAUGCGGUCUUAUGGAUCUGUCGUAAUUAUGUCUUGCUUUGUUUUAUAGACCAACAGACUUUGCACAAUUCUUUACUGUUCCAUUGCAAACGAUUGUGACAUGUUUUAAAAAUGCAAAACCUUCUCCGUGCAGUUUUGCACAAACAUAAAAACAUUGUAAUAUGGAGUAAAUACUGUGAGCGCCAAUAUCUUUAUUACUGAAUCCUUUUAUCUGUAUUUUUAUUAUACAAUCUUUCAACUCAAGGAGCAUAUCUAUAUCCUUGUUUAUCUUUAAGAUAUAUGACCAGAUGUAAUACGUUGAUGGAAAAGACUGCAGGCAGCACUCGUGUCAUUUUGUCUCAAAGUUUUAUCAGUAUGACACAUUUAUUAAAUUGUAUUGUGACUUUACAAAUAAAACAAUUGUGUUCAAAGUA